AUAGGCAGAAGAUAUAGCUUGGGACUCCACUCCAAGGUGGUUUACAAUGUUGUGAAGGAACUGUAACCUAUUUUGAUUAAGGAAUAUCGACCAAAAUGAGACCGCUUCUGUUCGAAUUAGGAUUUUGUUCAUGGAGCUUGAUCAUAACAUUUGUGUUUUGUGUCUACCCACGGAAUAUACCAAGACUUACUUUACAUCAGAAUGGAAUUAAUGACAGCCUUCCUUACCAGAUCAUUUUAAGUCACUCCGUGUUUUUUUAUCAAGAGAAUUCAGACAGUCUCUUCAUCGGGGGAACAAACUCCGUGCUUCAGAUUGAUUUGAAAAACGGUAGUGUUUUGGAGAACUAUACACUCUCAACCAGCCCAGACCAAUCCUGCAGUGAGGGUUCCUGUGACAAUGUAAUCACAAUUAUUGAGGACUUCCAGGAGAGCUUGUUUGUUUGUGGCACUAAUGGAGAGAGACGACAAUGCUGGAGGCUGUACCCCAAAGAAAACGGCCGCCCUGGUGAGGUAGUAGAGAGCUACGAGGGGAUAGGAAUCACCCCACACACAUACUCACAGAACUCCAUAUCGCUCUCUGUGGAUGGAGAUCUGUACGCCGCGGCUCCCUUGUACAAGGAUGGCAGCUCCCUGCAGUUCAGAAGGGCCGCAGGCAAGCGCACUAAUGUGCGGAUGUACGACAAAUGGAUUACAGAACCAACCUUCAUCUCUGCUUUCUUGGUUCCCCUUGAGAACGACCCCGACGAUGAAAAGAUUUAUGUGUUCUUCCGUGAGAAGAACUCAGAUAACAGUCCAGAAGCCGACCCCUGGAUAUCCAGAGUGGCCCGCGUGUGCAAGGCGGACGAGGGUGGGUCCAAGAGGUUCUUCCAGAACAUUUGGACCUCGUUCCUGAAGGCUCGGCUCGUGUGUGGAAUCCCGGGCGAGUCGCUCUACUUUAAUCGGCUGCAGGACAUCCACGUCCAGAAGGAGGCUGAUUGGAAGGACUGGCGUGUCUACGCCCUCUUCUCCAGCAGCUGGAACUCUACUGCGGUGUGUGUCUACUCCAUGGGGGAGAUCGAUCGAGUGUUCGAGAUCUCGUCCUUCAGAGGCUUUGAUGACACUAUUCCCAACCCCAGGCCCGGAGCGUGUGUUACAAACAGCAAGACCCUGCCGAUCUCCACCAUCACCGUCAUAAAGGACCAUCCAGAAAUGACCGACUGGAUUCACCCCAUCCACAGACAAGCUCCUUUCUACGUCAGCAGCAACAACUACACCAAGAUGGCUGUGGAUCGUAUCGAGGCGGAAAACAACAGCACACACAAUGUGUUGCUUCUCAGCACUGACAGAGGCACCAUCCACAAGAUCCUGGAGAAUGACCUCAAACCCUUCAUCAUUUCCGAGACCCAUCUGUACAACUUCACGACCCCCGUCCAGACAAUGAAACUCGACUCCAAGAGAAGGAAGCUAAUCGUUGGAUAUCCAGGCCAGGUGUCAUACUUUGACUUGCAGAGGUGUCAGGAUUAUAAUAAGUCCUGUGAAGACUGUGUUCUGGCUCGCGAUCCCUACUGCUCUUGGAACGCUGACGGCUGCACAGCCGAAACCCCUCGGGGUAUUCAGAACAUUGCUGACGGCCAGACAGAUGUAUGCCACCAGAAAUCAGUCCACACAGCAUCCAGCAACCUGACCAGAACCAAGAGAGCGACCCUGAUGACGUCGCCGGACCUCCAGAAGAUGGUCCACUCGGUUCCGCUGGACUUCCCCUUCUACCUGUCGUGCCCCAUCGACUCGCACCACGCCGCCUACGCGUGGGAACACGAGAGCCAAACCAGCGCCUGUCAGAAGACCGGCUCCAUCUGCCUCCACCUGAUCCCCGCCGUAAGAGACGACAGCUACGGCAACUACAGGUGUGUGUCGCAGGAGCGCGACUACACCCGCGUGGUCAAGGAGUACCGGCUGCUCAAGCAGCAGCCUCCGCUCACCACCUCUCUCUUUCCCGUCCUCCGAGCCGACGCGGCGAAGAUCACGGCACACCUCACGGCACACCUCACGUCUGUGCUCAGCAUCGUGCUUAUGGUGGUGCUUCGUUAAAUGAUCACGGACUCCACAGGGUAGACGUAAUAACAUGUAUGUCCCACUGUAAUCUCUUGCUCUUUUCCAACUGUUUUCCAACUGUGUUUUUUAUUUAAGAUUUAUUUUUGGGCUUUUAGCCUUUAAUCAGACAGGACAGUGAAGGUAGACAGAAAAUUAGCUGGAGAGAGAGAUGGGGAGUGGGAUCGGGAAAUGACCGCGGGUCGGAUUUGAACCCGUGUCCCUGUGGGUGUUCAGACCCAUACAUGGUCGGGGAUGCUGCUUGCGCCACGGCUCCCCCCCCAGCCGCUUUUUGUUUGUCGGUGAGCGAGGAGGAUUUCUGACCUGUUAGAUACUAUUGCAUGGCUGAACUAAAAAAAAAGUCUUCAACUAAAAGAGAUCUUAGUUUCCAAUUAAAAGAAUGACUUUCAAGCAAUAGGCAGUAUGUUGAGUGCAUGGAGCUGCUCUCUGCAAAACCUGCAAAGAAAUCUUCCAUUACCUUGAGCCCGAGACAGGCACAAAAUAGUUGAAGGAAGCACACAAACUAAGUAACUGAGAAGUGGGAGUUGACAUCGGUAAUGACAUCACCAGAUGAUGUUUCAACUUGACUGAAAAGGGUUUGAACAGGACAUUGGGUACUCAGUGGAGGCGGGGCCUGCGGUGUUGAACAGGACAUUGGGUCACAGUGGAAGCGGGGCCUGCGGCGUGGGUCACAGUGGACGCAGGUACCGUGCAUAUCAGUAUUAAGCGGACAGUUUGGGAACCCUAGGAGUGGGUUAGAGAGAGGCCUGUGUGUGUGUGUGUGUGUGUGUGUGUGUGUGUGUGUGUGUGUGUGUGUGUGUGUGUGUGUGUGUGUGUGUGUGUGUGUGUGUGUGGGAAAACGGCCAGUAGCUCAGCACUACGUAGACAGACGAGGCUCAACUUCCUGACGUAGGAGAACAGCACUACAGUACGUAGACAGUCGAGGCUCAACUUCCUGACUGUUGACAUUGGGUCAGACCUACAUUGCCAUUGGUUCAUGGAGACUGAGAAGAGUCCGUGCACGGCAUCGUGGGUGGGAAAGUGCAAAUACAGGGGGUCAUUAGUCCUAACACAGGAAAUAAUAUAGCAGGGGGUCAUUAGUCCUAACACAGGAAAUACAGGAAGUCCCCCAAGUGUUUCGGUUUUGUUUUGUUAUCGUUUCCCUUGAACUACAACCCAUGGGAAUACUUUUCUUUUUCAAAAGAAACAUUCCUUUUGGGUGGGGUCACAGCUCAGUGUAAUAGGCGUGAUAUGAAGGGUAUUAGGUGUGUAUGGUGUGUGUAUUAGGUGCGUAUGGUGUGUGUAUGGUGUAUGUAUACAGUAGUGUGUGUAUUAGGUGUGAUAUGAAGGGUAUGAAUAAUGGUGAUAUGGGCAUUGAGGAGAGCUCCUGGAAAGUCAAUAAUGACACCCAUGUUUGUCCACAUAGAUAGAGAGCAGCUGACAUUGUUUGCACAUUUGUUUAUUUAUUUAUUGUUAUUAUUAUUAUCUAUUUGUAAUAUUAUUUAGGAUAUAUAUUCUAUUAUAAUAUAAUAGACAAUGCAUAAAAAGGUACAGUCCUUGUUGAUACUUGAGCUGAACAAUCAAUCCUAUUAUACCCUUCUCUUCUGGCUCUUGAAGAUUGGGUAAGAUUUGUGUAUGGCAAUAAUUAGAAUCGCAGACUGUUCCUUUUAAUUGUAUGUAAUAAUGUAAUGUAAUUAUUUCUCCCACUUAAAUAGCAUUAUUUUUUUUAAUAAAAUGUUGCAUUAUAUUUUUACACUU